CCCGGAGGGGUGGAAUGGGGCCCUCGCCGUGCAGGGAAGGGGUGGAAACGGAGCUGACAAAAUGGCCAGGCGGUCCCUGAGCUCGCUGCAGGGAUAUCCCUCGCCCCCCCACCCCGGGCAGGGGUGCCGGGGGCCACCUGGCCUCUCCCGGGCCGCCUGGCGGGGAGGGGGGCGGCAGCGCGGCCGCCCCUCGGCGGGCCCUAUGUGGCUGCUGAUACAAAAGGGCAGUGUCAGUGUUGACACUGCCGUGCCGAUUUCGAUGCCCUUCCCUGUCUUCCCUCCCCCACUCCGCUUGGCCCCCUUUUCCUUAGUGGUCCUUUCUUUCCGACCCCCCCUUUUAUUUUUUUGUUCCCCUCUAAAGAAGCUAGGGAAUAUCUUCAAGGAAAAAAUAGCAAUUUCUUUUUCUUUCCCUCCUGCCCAGCUCGGUAAAAUGCUAAACAAUCGGCCGACGUCCAUAUUUCACAAGCUUUUUUGGGGGGAGGAAGAAGGUGGGCAGAAAACGGAGGCGCCCGUGGGGUCGGAGUCACAAAGCUGGCUGCCCACGAAAGGGAUUAUUUUCGCAGCUAAAUGUUUUCGAGCUGAUGUUUUUCUUGUUUUCAGUCAAGAAGCAAGUUGCCUGGUCCUUGCGUUUGCUUGCAUAAUGCGUCGUACUUGGAGGCUGAUCAAACGCUGGGUUCUGCCUUUCCUGCCUGGCUCUUCCUCCUUCCCUUCUCCCGGGGGGCUGGGUCGUGGCACAAGUUUGAGGGGGCUGGUGGCGCUGGGACCCCGGCUGCUGCCCCGGGGAUCCGGGCAAGGGAAGGAACCGAGGCCGGGGCUCUCGCCAGACCUGCAGGCCUGUCUUCCUGUGUCCAACUUUUUUAUUGUUCCCCCUUCCCCCUUCCGAGUGCUCGGGCUCUCCGGCAGGCGGGGGUUUGCUCGGCUCGGCAGUCCCAAAGUCUAGACGGGGAACCGGAAAAUAAUAGGGGAAAGAAUGGAAAGUUAUGUCAAGGGCUUUGGGGGAAAAACAUCGACGUAUCGAACAAAGGUCCUGCCUGUGUUGGAGAGAGAGGCCUGCAUGUGAGGCCUGAUUGUGUCGCAUUUACACACGGGGAAGAAAUGAGUGCUUGGUACUGGCCUAAAUUUAUUCUAAAGAGUUCAGGUUGUUUUCUUUUCUUCCUGCCUUCUUCAGCAGAAAUAAUACUGAUUCAGAGCUUCUAACAGUGUAAUGCAAAACUGAACUCGGACUAACUUCCACUGUUUUGUUGUGUGUAAUAUGAAUUUUGAGCUUCCUGGUGCUUUAAAGGCUGCCAUAAAGAGGAAUUGAGUAGUAACCAGCUGAUAAAUUUGAAGUACAUGUAUCAUAAUGAGAAAGAAGAGGAAUUCUGAGCACUUAAAUAAAUUUUUCAAGAUUUUCUUGUGGGAACUGACACUGUGGAUAUACUUUUGUAAGACUUUAAAAGCUAGCAAGCAUUCCUGUGAUUAUUUCUGUUUAUCUCUGGUGUAGUCUCUUCAGUUCUCCCUCUUCUGCUCUCAGAACUAGAGUUCUAAUUGUACAGAGUUGGGGUUCUGGUUUGGGUUGGGGUGUUUUUUUUAAAUUUUUUAAAAAAAUUUUUUUGGUAUUUGAUUUCUGAGGUUUCUGAGAUUUAUUAAGGUUUUUGUUAAGCUAUAAGUUUUUAAGCAAGUUAUAUUUUAUGUAUGCAAAAAUGUCCGUAAUGGACAUGAAGGUGCUGGAAAAAUAACUAUAUCUUUCUAUUUUUUGGUAGCCUACUUAAAUAUCAACAGGAGUUAAAUGUAUUUAUGAAAAUACUUGUAUUGCAGUUUUUGCAGCUGAUAUUUUAACAAAAUAUGUUGUAUCUGAACUAAGAAAUUUAAAACAGAGGCCUGGUGAACAAAUUCUGAAAACUAUGCCUAAAGUUUUUGGUAAUAUACAUGUUUUUAACUUGUAGUUGUUUCUGUAUUUCUAAAAUGCAGCUGAUUGUGAGCAGCUCACUUCUUUUGAUCUUAAAUGCAAAGGUGUUUUUAAGUUUUAUUGUUUGGUGUGUCUUAUUGUUGUGUAAGAAAUAAAGGUAAUCAGAUUUUUUUUC